AUCAUAAGGGAUUUGGGGGAUGAGAAACUUAAAUACUGUAAUACUUUCAUUUGCUCUCUGCUCCACCUCCCUAAUCGACGGGAAAAGCCGAACUUGUACGAAACGUUACAUUGCACGCACAUAUAUAUUAGCCGGCAAAGGGAAGUAACUCUUAUCGGCAACGUUUUCCUGCCACACGUCGUUGUAAAACUUUGGUGAACCUGCACUUUCGACAUAUUGACUGUCCCCUUUUUUUAGCAUCGCCCAUCCACGGCUUUGAAAAUCUCGCUAUGGAAUGCGAUAUGCUGGACGUUCUUGAAGACUUGGGCUAUCCAGUUGACCAGAUUGAAGGAGAAGAGUUUGACAAGGCUUUGGAAGACGGACAACGGUCGCCGCUCUUUACUCAGAUAGUAUCAUGGCUUUCACUCAAACUGAAAGACUUCCUAAUCAUGGAGGAACAUGUAAACCCCAUCACAGAAUCUAGUGAUAGCGAUACGUUCAUGCUCGAACUGAGCUCAUUCCUUCGCGAGAUCGAAUGUCCUGUGAAUAGUUUGACCGGUGGAACUAUCAACGAUCGACUAAACACUAAGACUUCACGUCUGCAACUACUCGACUAUUUAACCAUGGAAUUAGCAAGUUCCAUGAUGCUCGCUGUGAAUAAGCCUAUAGCUUUGGUGUCUGUUAAGAGCAACCAAGAAGUUAGCAGUGAGUCUGAAAUAGCUGCUUUCCUCAAGAGCAUGCUGAUUGCUCUCGGUUUUGCCAAACCGCCGGCGAGUAUAACGGCGAGUCAGCUGUUUUCCAAAGUCGAAGCUAAGAUUAAAGAGAUGAUGAGCAAAAAUCCGAACCAGCUGGGCAAAUCUCUGAUGAAGACAAGAUUGUCCGACAAACAGUGGGCCCAUAUUUUAAACGUUAACAAUUCACUGUCGGCAGAGUACAACACCCGGCGAGAGAUGUUGUUGAAACGACUGGAUGUUACUAUUCAAUCGUUUAUGUGGUCGGACAAGGCGAGGUUAAACGAAAAACAGAUUCGGGCCGUGUACGAGGCCCAGAGCAAAAGGUUAACAUCGAAAUCUAACAUUGGCAUCUGUCAGAUACUUGCUGCCAGAGAUGGUCUGUUACAGAUCCAGAAGACGAGCAGCGGCGAAGCGCGUGAAAAAACCCAGUGUGCCAUCAACAAAAUCCGGAUCGGGCAGGUUCCCGAUCGCGGUGGCAGGGCUUGGGAGCACGAACCACCACCACCCGAAAUGCCGGCAUUCCAGCAGAGGAACGCUAACCAGGGUGGCGGCGGCGGAGGACGUGGAGGCGGUGGCGGUGGGAACUACCAGAGUGACCGCGGUGGCGGUAGAGGUGGCCGGAUCCAGGGCAACUGGAAUGACCAGAAACAACAGCAACCACAACAGAUGAGUGGCAACUGGAAUCAAGGUGGAGGAGGUUACCAACAAGGUGGUGGUUACAAUUCUUACCAGCAGAACCCACAUCAUCAUCAACAACAGCAACAUCAUCACCAUCAGCAACCACACUAUAACAACCAAUCAAACUACCAUUCUGGUGGCGGUGGUGGUGGUGGCGGUGGUGGCGGUGGUGGCGGUGGUGGCGGAUCUUAUAACUAUGGUGGUGGUGGUGGUGGACGUGACAAUUAUCACAGAGGCGGAGGAGGCGGACGAGACAAUUACCGUGGCGGUGGUGGUGGUGGUGGUGGUGGUGGUGCCAGCGGUGGUGGCCGAGACAAUUACAGCAUGUACGGACAGAACAGUGGCGGUGGAGGUUAUGAUCAAGGCUACGGGGGUUACGGCGGUGGUGGUGGUGGUGGAGGAGGAGGAGGUGGAGGUGGAGGCUAUAAAGGAGGCGGAGGGCAGUACGAUAACCAAGGUUACGGAGGAGGAGGAGGAGGCGGAAGGGGUUACCAACAGCAGCGUGGUGGUGGAGGCGGACGAGGUGGCCGUGGAGGUGGACGGAGAGGGCGUGGCAGGAACUGA